AGUUCUGCUUACCAACUUCUGAACAAGGACAUCAAACAAAUGGAAAAGGUACAGAGAAGGACAGCAGAAAACAUCAAGGACUUUGAAUGCCCUUCCAUAUGAGAGAAGCAUGCAGCCUGAUUCCUAUGCGUGUUUACUUGGAAAAACUUUCGGCUAUGGGGCUUCAAGCUCACCCAUACGCAUGCGUUAACUGCUUGCUGACUCGCAGUAUCCAUUCUCCGGGAGGGCGCCUGAGCUCCCGGGAGGGAGGAGCCCCCGCCUUUCCGCCACGUAAUGGCGGCGACUGACCCGGAAACGGCCCAGAGACAAAUAGAAGAAAUUGAAGCCCUGUCUGCGAUAUAUGGAGAUGAAUGGUGUGCAGUUGAUGAAGAUGAAAAAAUAUUCUGCAUUAGGAUUAGGGAUUGUUUGAAAAAGCCAAAGUGGACUCUCUGUCUGCAGGUGAUCCUCCCUCCUGAAUAUCCAACAGCAGCACCACCUAUUUAUCAACUUAAUGCUCCGUGGCUUCUAGGAGAGGAGUAUGAGGAACUGGCAAAUAAUCUGGAAGAAAUCUAUAUACAGAACCUUGGUGAAAGUAUCCUUUAUCUUUGGGUGGAGAAGAUACGGGAAGUUUUGGUUGAAAAAUCACAGAUCUGUGAUUCAGCAGGGCCAGAUGUUAAAAAAAUAACGGAGGAAACUGAUGUGGAGUAUGAAGAAGAUUUUUCACUGGAGUAUCAACAUCUUCAGGAAUGUACAGCUGUAACACUGAAUUUUGAUCUAAGCCAAGAAGGUGAAGAGUUACCUCAAUUUUUCCACGGGAACCCAAUUACAGACCGAAGAAGCACUUUCCAGGCACACUUAGCACCCAUUGUGAGCCCCAAACAGGUGAAAAAUGUUCUUGCUGAAUUGUACAAGAAUAAGAAAAUAGCCAAUGCGACUCACAACAUAUAUGCAUACAGGAUAUACUGUGAAGACAAGCAGACUUUCUUACAAGAUUGUGAAGAUGAUGGUGAGACAGCUGCAGGUGGUCGUCUUCUUCAUCUCAUGCAGAUCCUAAAUGUUCGCAAUGUUUUGGUUGUGGUGUCCCGUUGGUAUGGUGGUAUCCUGCUAGGACCAGAUCGUUUUAAACAUAUCAACAAUUGUGCCAGAAAUAUACUUGUGGAGCAGAACUACACUAAUCCAUCUGAAAAUGUAUGUAAGCAGCUAGGGAAGAACAAAAGAAUAAGGAAAGACAAGAAGAAAAUGGAACAUUAAUUUAUUUUACAAAAUGACACAGCCAUGUUUUAUCUUCUGCCAGUUAACACAAUCGCUCAGUUGCUGAAAGGAAUUUCUGAAUAUUUUAUCUCAAAGACACUUUGCAAUAACCGGAAGAACUGCUUCAUAGCAUCAGACCCAUAAAACCUUUUCAGUCUGUUCAGUGCCUCAGCUGCUCAGGAAUUGAGGUCUUAAACAAAUGGAUUUCCCUAUGUAUUCAGUUAUUUAAUUUGUUAAAAAUCAUUAAAUGAGAAAUGGCAUAGUUUCA